AUUUGCUCCAGCCCCUGAAGAAGGGCCAGUAAAUGAGAAGAAACAGAAGAAACUUGAUAGAAGGAUGAAAAGAAUGCAGUAAUCAAAAGAGAAUUAUUUUCUAAGGCAAAAAUUAAAUAGACAAAACAACUAACGAAAAAAUGAUUGUGUUCCAUCAUCAUCAUCAUCGCACCAAAAACAUUUUCUCUUUCGUUUAAAAUAUCUUUGAGCUUCGCUAAUCAUGGGUAAUGUUCAGGAAGCUGCUGAAUCGGUUAAAAAAAGUGAAAGUAAAUCAAGACAGAACAGUAAUCAACAUCAAACUAGAUCAACAUCCAAUUCACCUGUAAGAAAAGUGAAAAGUGGAACUUCAUCUAAAUCAAGUAAUCCAUCAUUAGAAUCACUUACUGUUAAAUCAAAGGAAUCAAAAGUUAAGAAAAAGUCUAAAGAAAAUGUGAAGAAAAAAUCAAAAACAAAAUCUAAAUCCAAGGAAAGUGUCAAAUCAAAGAAAAGCAAUUUGUCACUAUUACGACACAAGAGCGAGAUUACUCUAUAUUCACCAGAGUAUUUCGGUAGUGAAGGAAUGGAACCACCAAAUCGUAAUGUUGGCUCUAAAAAGAGCAUCGGUGUUUUCACCAGUGGUGGUGAUAGUCAAGGUAUGAAUUCUGCUGUUCGAGCGGUUGUACGAACAGCACUUUACCUUGGGUGUAAAGCUUAUUUCAUUAAAGAGGGUUACCAAGGUAUGGUUGAUGGUGGUAGUUAUAUUGUUGAAGCUUCUUGGAUCUCCGUUUCGGGAAUUAUUCAUAAAGGUGGUACUGUUAUUGGUUCUGCUCGAUGUUCAGAAUUUCGUGAGAGACCAGGUCGUCUUAAAGCUGCUAAUAAUUUGGUUCAACUUGGAAUCACUGAUCUGGUUGUUAUUGGCGGUGAUGGAUCGCUUACUGGUGCCAAUCUAUUUCGUCAAGAGUGGACAUCACUUAUUGAUGAAUUAUUAUCAACAGGGAAAAUUACUGAAGAACAAAAAGCAAAAUGUAUCCAUCUUAAUGUCGUUGGAAUGGUUGGUUCAAUUGAUAACGAUUUCUGUGGAACCGAUAUGACCAUUGGAACAGAUUCUGCUCUUCAUCGAAUUUUAGAAUCAAUCGACGCCAUUGUUACUACUGCUUCUAGUCAUCAGCGAACUUUUAUUCUUGAAGUUAUGGGUCGACACUGUGGUUAUCUUGCUUUAGUUGCUGCUCUUGCUAGUGAAGCUGAUUUCGUUUUCAUCCCUGAAUGGCCACCGGAGAAAAAUUGGCCAGAACGUCUUUGUAGAAAAUUGCAACAAGAACGUGAAUUGGGCCAACGAUUAAAUAUUUUAUUGGUUGCUGAAGGAGCAAUUGAUCGUGAUGGAAAUGCCAUAACUGCUGAAUUAGUGAAAAAAGUGAUCGUCGAUAAUUUGAAACAAGAUUCACGUAUAACCGUUUUAGGUCAUGUUCAAAGAGGUGGUAGUCCAAGUGCUUUUGAUCGUAUUCUUGGCUCUCGUAUGGGAGCUGAAGCUGUUCUCGCUUUAAUGGAUGCUACUCCCGAUUCUGAGGCUGUUGUUGUUUCACUUGAUGGUAAUCAAGCAGUUCGAGUACCUUUAAUGGCUUGUGUUGAGAAAACUAAAUCUGUGGCCACCGCUAUGGCUGAGAAACACUGGGAACAAGCGGUUAAACUUCGUGGUCGCUCAUUUGAACGUAACCUUGAAACUUAUAAAAUGUUAACUCGUCUUCGUCCACCAAAACUAUCAGAAGCUGACCUUCAACAGCACGGCUUUAAAGUAGCAGUGAUGCACAUUGGAGCUCCAUGUUGUGGUAUGAAUGCCGCUGUUCGAUCAUUUACUCGUAAUAUGAUCUACCGUGGGGACACAGUUCUAGGUAUCAAUGAAGGAAUUGACGGACUAAUUGCUGGAGAUGUAAAACAAAUCCAUUGGAGCGAUGUAACUGGUUUAGUCGCUCAAGGAGGUGCAGUAUUGGGCACCCGUCGAACCCUUUUCGGUGAAGGAGACAAUCAGGCUAAAAUUGUUGAGAAAAUUAAAGAAUUUGGAAUCCAGGGAUUACUUAUUAUCGGUGGAUUUGAAGCUUUUCAUUCAGCAAUUCAAAUGGCCAAAAGUCGGUCCAAAUUUCCAGCACUUAAUAUACCAAUUUGUGUUGUCCCUGCAACUAUUAGUAAUAAUGUACCUGGUUCAGAGUUUUCUCUUGGUGCCGAUACCGCUGUCAAUGAAAUUACCGAAAUCUGUGAUCGAAUCAGACAAUCAGCUCAAGGUACCAAAAGAAGAGUGUUUAUCGUUGAAACCAUGGGAGGUUAUUGUGGUUACCUGGCCACUCUCGCUGGACUUGCCGGUGGUGCCGAUGCUGCUUACAUUUACGAGGAAAAAAUUACCAUUAGAAAUUUAAUGGAUGAUGUUUAUCAUAUGCAAUCAAAAAUGGAAGAAGGAGUUUCAAGAGGCCUCAUUUUAAGAAAUGAGAGUGCAAAUCCAAACUAUUCAACAGACUUCAUGUAUCGACUUUAUUCCGAAGAGGGAAAAGACAAAUUCACAACAAGAAUGAAUAUCUUAGGCCAUAUGCAACAAGGAGGCUCACCAUCACCUUUUGACAGAAAUUUGGGAACCAAAAUGGCUGCUAAGGCUGCCGAUUGGUUAAUCUCUCAAAUAACAAGCGGCAAUUCAGCAUCUCGAGACUCCGUUGCAUUAUUAGGUUUAAUAAGACGACAAUAUAAAUUUACUCCUGUUCUUGAUUUGGAAGCUGAAACUGAUUUCAGUCAUAGGAUCUCCAAGAAACAAUGGUGGCUCAAACUCCGACCGCUUCUUCGUAUGUUGGCUCAACAUGAUUCAAGCUACGAGAAGGAGGCUGAAGUUGGUCCCGCUGAACCUGAAGACAUAGAAUUCCUCUAAUAAUUGUUUUCUUUUUUGUUUUUUUCUUUUUCCACCUUCCCUCUCCCUCCUGUCACAUACAAUUCACAAACACACACACACGAUUCACAAUCACACGCUCACACCCAAUCAUCAUCACCAACCAAUCUCACACACUCAUCAUUCACCAUCGCUAUUAGAUUUAUACCUAAUCACCUUUGACUCUCUAUUGACAACACUAAAUAUUUAUGUUGUGCUUAAUCAUCACUAAACAAUCCAAAUGCACACAUUAAAUUGAGAUAAUCCUUCCUUAUUUUGGUCCCAAUUGUCAUGAGAUAUACAGGGAAGAGAGAAAUAAUAUCUAUUUCUCUUGCGACAAUAUUUUUCUUCAACGUUUCCGCUUCCAUAUUCUUAAGGAAUUAAGGUGUUGUAAGAAACUAUCUAUAUAUCUAUUGAAAAAUCAAGACCUCCAAAUUGUCCUUCCUUCUCUUGCUAAUUACUAUCGUUGUUAUAACAAUUUAGCUUCUAUUAUUUCACCUCAUGCAUGGUUAUCAAUCUAUGAUAUUACCAAGUGAACCGCUCAUUAUGUUUCAUAUUCACAUAUUUCCACCCAUAUAGACACAAUCCUUUGCUUUCUUAAUGAUUGGCAAGUAUCGUUUCCAAUUAACUAAAUCAUCCAAAUCCCCAUCAUCAUUAUCAUCAUCUUUUCAUUAUCAAUCUCUCCUGUUUUCCUCACCUCUAUUUUCCUCCUGUUAAUUGUCCAUAAAUUAAUUUAAAUUGAUUUAAUUUAUUGCUAAAGUUAUAAGGUGUUUUCUACCUUAUCUAAUUAAUUGUUAUCCAUAAUUUUUAUCAAUCUCAGCAAUUUCCCAUGAUUACUAUAACUAUUAUACUCUAAUUAUCAAUUUAACUAUCAUUAGUUGAUCAAUUCCCCUUAAUCUCCUCAAUGAUUUAAACAAUUAACAAAGAAUCAAUGAAAAUGAUUCAGUGUGAUCUUUUGCCAUCUCCCUUUCAAAUAAUUUAUUAACUAUUAGUUUUGUUUUUCUGCUUAAUUGUAACAAAAAGCAUUAAUGUUUUUAAUACUUUAAUUGCUGCAAUUUAUUUUCCUUGAAACAAUCAAAAUGUUUCCCCCAUUUAAUCAAAUUACAAUUUACCUUGAUUGCUCUCUCUCUCCCUCUCUUUCCUAAUCUGUAAUAUUAAUUGUCUCUCUAAUAAUCCUAAUUUAUGACAAAAAAAUAUACUACAAUUUGUUAAUUUCUGUGUUAAUUAAUGCUGAUUAACAGCAAUCCAAUUGUGAGAUGAAUUAACACAAUAUUUAUAAACAGUAACAAUUAACUCUCUUAACAAUAAAACCUUAAAAUAGAUGUUUUCAAAUUUCAAA